CCAUUCCUUUGUGUGUCGAGCGAUCAUUUUAUAAGCCGCUCAGCCGCGGGAGAGCACGCUACACCAGUUGGAUUUUAUUAAAAAUAUUUUAAGUAAUAACUAUAUAAAAUGAGGGAAAUAGUGCAUUUACAAGCCGGGCAGUGUGGUAACCAGAUUGGCGCUAAAUUCUGGGAGAUCAUAUCAGAGGAGCACGGCAUCGACCCGACUGGCGUGUACCGCGGCACCAGCGAUCUGCAGCUGGAAAGGAUAUCCGUAUACUACAAUGAGGCCUCUGGUAAAUAUCACAUUGCUUACAAAGUUAUCGAUCAAUAUCGAUGGAUAUCAAGUUAUCUAUACUAUUAUAAUAAAGCGUAAACACACACUUCUUUGUUGCCUAAGAUGUCAG